AUGGGGAGAGGUUAUAGUGUGACAGCUCAGAGACAGUUGUUUGGUGGAGGUGGUGGUGGUGGCGGGAGAAGAGGGGGAGGUGGAGGAGGUGGGCAGAAGGUGUCGUUUAGAGAUUCGUUUGGUCAAUCUCAAAAUCAGAAUCCGUACCGCUGGCUAUCCCAGGAUGCACAGCAACAACAACAACAGGGUAGAAAUGCUGCAGCUAAUACGCAGCAGAUGUCAGCUGCAGAUAUUGUGAAAGGACUUGCAGUGGAAGUAGCUCAGACAUGGGAAGGCGGGAAUAUGUGGCCGUUUUCUUGUCUAGGUUUUGAGAAAGAUUUGCCAAGUUUACCAGGUUUUAUGGAUAUCUCACCAGAAGAAAUGCGACUUGAAGCUUAUGAAGCCUUGAAAUCAGGAAAUAUUCAACCAUAUGUACAGAAACUAGAGGGAGCAUUUAAUCAACUGAAUACACAGAGACAAGAGUUAAAAAAUCCAAAUUUAUCGUUAAAACAGAAAUUGAUUUCAUUUAUAGAUGACUGUCGGAGGAAGAAAAAUUCAGG